AUGUGUCAAAAAUGUAGCAGCUUCAGAGAAAAAGGAGUCAGAGAAGAAAAAGAUUUUUGCCCAAGACGAGGAGGAACUCUUCAGACUCCCCCUCCCUAUGCAUCGGCACCUUUGCCACCACAGGGGGCUGCAGGCAUUGUUGUGCCCCAGGCUAUGGGGGUUGCUGUUGUGGACAGUGUGGGGGCAGGGGAUCGUCAGGCAACAGGAGGGGUAGUGAGAAGGAAGGAGCCCAAGGAUGGUGGAUCAGGGGCUACAGGAAUUAGAAGAGAAGGGCCAGUAACUAGACGAUUGGAGGCAGAAAGGGCGAAAGCCGAGAAAGAGGAAAGUACGUUGGUAGAGGAAAAAGAAGGACUCUUUCCAUUAAGAGUAUCGGAACAACAGGUGGGCAUUAACGCCCAGGGGGAUCUUGAAUACCGCCCUUGUUUUCAAUAUAUCCCCUUUUCAACUAUGGACUUAUUGAAUUGGCGAAAGCAUUUUGGUCCAUUGUCCGCGAAGCCCACGGAAAUGACAGAUUUGUUUCAAACCAUUAUGCAUAGUCAUAACCCCAAUUGGCGAGAUAUACAACAGCUGUUAACUACGUUGCUAACAGCAGAGGAGAGAGAGAAAUGCAAAGCAGGAAUGCGAGAGGUUUUUAGAGAACGUUAUCAUACAGAAGCAGAUAGGGCUCAGAAACUUUUGGAAGAGGCACCAGAACGGGAUCCUGGAUGGGAUCCUAAGGUAGCAGGGGACAUGGCAAAGAUACAAACGUAUCAGACCCUGAUAGUGGCAGCUCUCAAGAAGGCAGGGAAACCCCCUGUGAACUUGUCUAAGCCCUCAUUAGUUAUGCAAGGAGCGGAUGAGAGUCCAGAGGCAUUCCUUCAAAGGUUGAUUGAGGCUUAUGAGUUGUAUACUCAAAUGGACCCGAGGGCUCCAGAGAAUGUGAGGAUGUUGAAUGAGAGGUUUAUUGCACAAAGUGCAUUGGAUAUUCGUAAGAAAUUGCAAAAGUUAGAGGGAGCGUUGGGAAAGAAUACGACUGAGUUGGUAGAGGUGGCUAGAAAAGUGUAUGUGAAUAGGGAUAAGGUUGAGAAGAAGGACAAAGAUGAUCUGGACACAGGGGCUGGACGAUCAGUGAUAAAUAAUCCAAUAACUACCCCUGGUCCGUACCAAAUUCAAGUACAAGGAGUGUCUGGACAAGUUGUAGGGCGUCAAGUCUUGAAACCAGUCACCUGUACUUUUAAGGGCUCCGAAAUUCAACAUGAGUUCCUGUAUAUACCCGAAUGUCCUGUCCCAUUGUUAGGAAGGGAUUUGUUAAGUAAAUUAGGAGCUACUAUUUCUUUUGAUGAGGGAAAGCAGUAUCUUACUGUUAGUCACAGGCCUGAUGAAAUGUGGAGGUUGAUGGUGGUUAGGACACCUGAGGAAGAAUGCUUGGACAUAUGGAGGGAAUUUGAUGUACCAGGAUUAUGGGCUGAGGAUAACCCUCCGGGGUUUGCAGCACAUCACCCCCCUAUUAUUGUGGAAUUAAAGCCCCUGGCAGCUCCUGUCCACAUUGGGCAACGGCCCUAUUGGAGGGAAGCCAUCCUGUCUAUAUAUGACUGUAUUCUAACAUACUUGGAGGCUGGAGUUUUGGUUCCUAUACAAUCCCCCUGGAACACUCCAAUUUUGCCUAUCCUUAAACCAGACGGGUCCUUCAGACCGGUGCAAGAUUUGCGUGUGGUUAAUGAGAGGACGGUCACAAUUCACCCUCAUACUCUUCUCAGUCUCAUCCCACCUAAUGCUACAUGGUUUUCAGUGAUUGAUCUAAAGGAUGCCUUCUUUAUUAUACCUAUUCAUCCAGUAAGCCAGCCAUUGUUUGCUUUUGAAUGGGAAAAUCCGUAUACUGGAACAAGGAGCCAGUAUACUUGGACAAGGUUACCUCAGGGGUUCAAAAAUUCCCCAACUCUCUUUGGAACCGCGUUGGCCAAAGAUUUGCAAUAUUUUAUCCCCUUCCAACAAGGAGAUUCGAUUUUGCAAUAUGUGGAUGAUGUGUUGGUCACUGGACAGUCACGGGAUGGGUGUUGGGAAAACACGAGACGUAUGUUGUGUUUGUUGCUAGACUGUGGAUAUCGAGUGUCCAGAAGUAAGGCUCAGUUAGUCCAGCAACAAGUCCGUUAUUUAGGUUAUGAUAUAACGCCAGGACAAAGGGCACUAGGCCCAGAGAGAAAGCAGGCGCUGCUUAAUCUGGCGAGGCCAACUGAUAGGAGGCAAUUGAGAGGCUUUCUAGGCUUGGCAGGGUUUUGUAGAAUUUGGAUUCCAAAUUACGCACUGAUGGCAGCUCCACUUUAUUCGUCUACCAAGGGAAGUAAGACAGACCCCUUCCUUUGGUCAAAGGAGCAGGAUCAGGCCUUUGAUGCUAUUAAAGAAGCUUUACUAAGAGCUCCGGCUUUGGCCCUGCCAAAUCUGAGUAAGCCCUUCAAUUUGUAUGUGGACACACGUAAGAACGUCGCUUUGGGAGUGUUGACGCAGCAGCUUGGCCAAUGGCAACAACCAGUUGCAUAUCUGUCAAAACAACUAGACACUGUGGCUCGAGGAUGGCCGCAUUGUUUGAAAGCUUUAGCAGCCAUUGCAGAACUGCUGCAAGAUUGUAAUAAACUCACUUUUUCCUGUCCAAUCGAGGUCCAUACCCCACACUCUGUUCAAGCAAUUCUUGAUCAGAAGGGCCAUUUGUGGAUUAGUAACCAACGAAUCAUCAAAUACCAGGCCAUGAUGAUUGAAAACCCCCAAGUUCAUCUAGUGGUUUCUACCUCAUUAAAUCCUGCUACUCUCUUGCCUACAGAAACAGAGGUGGAACAUGAUUGUGUACAAGUGUUGGAAACCGUUUAUUCCACACGACCCGAUUUAACUGACAUACCUUUGCCUCAGGUGGAAUAUAACUGGUAUACCGAUGGGUCUAGUUACAUACACCAGGGGAUGAGAGUUGCAGGCUAUGCUAUUGUUGACGAUGAGGAGGUAAUUGAAAGCGGGCCGUUAGGAGCAGGAAAAAGUGCACAAGUGGCAGAAUUGUGGGCCCUCAUUCGGGCAUUGGAACGGGCUGAAGGUGAACGUUUGAAUGUAUGGACGGAUAGUAAAUAUGCCUUUUUGACUUUACAUGCUCAUGGUGCUGUAUACAAGGAAAGGGGAUUUAGGGAUUCAGCUGGCAAGUAUAUACAACAUAGCCAUUUAAUUCAAAGAUUGAUAGAUGCUGUCCAAAAACCGAAAAAGGUGGCAGUUAUGCAUUGUAGAGGUCAUCAACGAGGUGAUGAUAGAAUUGUUUUAGGAAACAGGGCAGCAGAUGCUGAAGCACGAGCUGCAGCAUUGCGUCACGAGCCUCUACCAGACGUGUUUAUCAAUGUUGCCCUGGAUUUGGGGGUAAUACCAGUAGACAUCCAACCCUCUUACUCUCUAUCAGAAUGUGAUAAGGCAGUUAACGAUUUGAUGGCGGUCAUCGAUAAGGGCUGGUACGUUCUUCCAGAUGGAAGGAUCUAUGUGCCUUCCUCGGUGGCAUGGCAGUUGGUUCGUUCUACUCAUGAAGCCACUCAUAUGGGGAAAACGGCUUUAGAAUCUGCUCUUAUGAGGGACUACUAUAUAGAUGGGUUGGCGGGGAUGGCAGUAAAAGUAGCAUCUUCCUGUGAAACGUGUGCGAAAGUCAAUCCUAGGCAAGGUCCUUCCCUUCCACCAGGAGCUAUACCUAUUGCCUAUUACCCUAUGGACACAGUCAUGAUUGAUUUUAAUGAUAUGCCACGAAGUGGAUUUUAUAGGGCUAUGUUAGUUAUUGUGGAUUUAUACACGGGUUGGCCAGAGGCUUUCCCUACAAGAACGAAAAAGGCGCAGGAAGUAGCAAAGGUUUUGCUUAAAGAGAUCAUUCCUCGAUUUGGUAGUCCCUCCUUUGUUUCGUCCGACAAUGGCCCAGAAUUUGUCCAUCACAUUAAUCGAGCCAUUGCACAAGCUACUGGGGUAAAAUGGCGAUUCCAUUCUUCUUUCCACCCGCAAUCUGGUUCUCCCGUGGAAAGGAUGAAUAGGACUUUAAAAGAAAAGAUAACCAAAAUUUGUGCUGAAACACACUUGAAGUGGCCCGAUGCUUUGCCCCUUGCAUUAUAUGCAAUUCGGAGUGCACCCAGACGACAACAUAGACUCUCACCAUAUGAGUUGAUGUUUGGUCGGCCUCCGACGUUGUUGCGGCGUAAUUUGGCUGGAUGGCCUGAUUUGGGACAUAAGGGGGGAGUGUGGGCCAUGGAGAUGGUGCAGGAAUUAAAUAAACAGGUUGAAAAGUUGAGGAAUUAUGUGUUGGAGCAAACCCCUCCUAGAUUGGUAACUAAAUGUCAUUCUUUCAAGCCAGGGGACCGAGUAUGGGUAAAACAUUGGAAAAAGGAGCAAUUAGAAGGGAGGUGGAAGGGACCUUAUGAGGACCGGAGAAAUCAGGACGUGUGCGAGCAGGAUGCACGGAGGUAUACAGCUCGUUUGGUCUAUUGCUAUGUUAGCGAUAUGCUUAUACGGAGAGGUGGAGGGAAUAUGAUACGAAUGGAAGUAUCUCGUAACAUCCCAUCCAUAGUGACAUAUGGCUUUGGAAUUGAUGACGACCUAUGGAAAGCUCCAGAAGCUAUGUACUGGAUUUGUGGAAAGCUAGCCUAUGAAACUUUGCCUAGAGAUUGGUCCGGAUCAUGUAUUUUAGGAUGGAUUAAACCUUCAUUCUUCUUAUUACCCAUGAAAGCCCGCCAAGUGUUGGGGAUCCCACUGUAUGAGAAGGUCGGCCUCCAGACUAGAAGGAAACGGGAACUUGAUACAGUCUUUACCAAUUUCCUUUGUAAGGAUUGGGCCGCCUUUGAAGAUAGCGAUGUUUGGAGUUCGGAGAGAAUUGUAUGUACCUAUGGCAGGGCUACGUGGGCAGAAGAUGGAUCUUACGGGUAUCGCACACCCAUUUAUAUGUUGAAUAGAAUUAUUCGCCUUCAAGCAGUAUUGGAUUUAGCGGGCCAACGUAUUGAUAAGGCCCUUAAUAUAAUAUCAGCUGCCACAGAUAAAAUAAGGACAGCAGUGUAUCAGAAUCGCUUGGCUUUAGAUUACUUGCUGGCUAAAGAAGGGGGCGUAUGUGGUAAAUUUAAUCUUUCUAACUGUUGUCUGCAAAUAGAUGAAACUGGAACUGUUGUUAAACAAUUGACUACAGAGAUGCGUCAAUUGACUCACAAUCCUGACCAGGUAUGGCGAGGAUUCAACUUUAAGGAAAUCUUUGGUUCCUGGUUUCCUAAAUUGCCAGGCUUACAAGCUAUAGUUGCUUUAAUAGGCUUAAUUGCUGCAGGAUGUGUAUUAAUUCCUUGUGUUUUACCUAUUUUUGUACGCACUAUUUCUAAUAGUUUAUCCUUAAUAGCAGAACGAAAAGCAACCGCACAGGUAAUGGCGUUAUGGGAAUAUGAGAAAAUGAGUCCUGUGGAAGACCCGUCCAAUGAACCUGAGUAUGUGACUCUUCUGGAAAUGUCAGAUGAGUCACAAAGGGGGGACUAA